GGCUGCGCGCAUAAAUUGUUUGGUACCAAUUUUAAUAAAGCAACUGAAGUAAUCACAGUGAAGAAAAUGACUGAUGAAAAAUCAACCAAAGAGCCUGUUGACGCUGGUGAGAGGCCUUCAGCCGGCGGGGAGCUGCAGAACAAACAACAGUCAUCGGUUGCAUCCGCGCCAAAAGAUGAUCAAGAAAAGGAUGAGCUUGAACAGGACACGCCAGCUAAGGCGACGCAAGCGUACAGCAUGCGCCCGGCUUUCGGUGAAAUGUUUCCUUUGCCGAUUGUGAAGAGCAUCAUCAACACGGUUAUGGCCGAGAAACUCAAAGACAAAACAUAUGAUAAGGACACAGCCGCAACAUGGACGCGGGAAAUAGCGGACGAGGUGAACUUGCAGAUUGCAGCCAGCUCCAAAGUGAAACGCUACAAGCAUGUCGUGCAGGUGAUGUUGGGCCAGGAGCUGGGUGCUGGAACUUUCUACACGUCGCGUUGCUGCUGGGAUUGUGACUGUGAUACUUCUGUUUCUGAGGUCUUUAGCAAUACGAGUCUUUUCUGCGUGUGCACCGUGUUUGGAACCUAUCAAUACUGAAUAUUGCAAGAGCAUUGAUGUUAUUAAAGAGACGGGGCUGCACACCAAAUAGCUGUUAGGCAACUAGACUACCAUGAGCUAGGCUAAGUCUUAUAAUGGGUAUUUAUUCAUGCUCUGCCAUUCUGUGGUGAAGUUAAGUUUUUGGGAAACUUCUUAAAAUGUCCGUUGAAGGAUCAA